GCAGAAACAUUGACGACGCCUUGAAAAUUCGACCGUUGCAAAUUGCAAAAUUUGUGUCUCUUUUCCAUUAAACGGUCAUCUCCCUCACUCAAUACGUCUUCUUCUCUCACUCCUGACGUUAAAUCCCUUCUCAAACUCUUUCUCUCACUAAAAAAACUCUCUCUCUCUCUCUCUCUCUCAGACAAAAAUACCAGAGUUCGUGCUCCUGUUAUACCUUCGUUCUUCAUAAAUUUCUGUUUCCAGGUAAAUUACAAUAUGACAUAUACAAAAAUCCCAAUGGAGAACAAGGUCGAAAAUCCUAUGGAAACCCCAAUCCAAUCGGUAAAACCAGUCUCCGAAGAUCACAAAACACCAACCCCAAUUGCUCAAACCAAUAAGAGUCUUCAAAACUCUCCAAAUUCUGGGACCGAUUUGCGCAAGCCCACCACUCCCGAUCUCCUCAAGGUCCCCAAGGCUUUUAAGUACCCAGAAAGAUAUAGAAGCCCAACCGACUCUUUGAUGUCCCCUGUGACGAAAGGCCUUCUCGCCAGAAGCAGGAAGGGAGGGGCUCUCUUGCCGCCCAGUAAAAAUCAUCACAAGAUUCAGGACUUGCGUCUCCAGGAUGUGGGUCCUCUGCAGGAGAUCAAGAACUGAAGAAGAGCAUCUUCUAUCUAUUCUGAUUCUGUCAAUUCACCAAUUUUAUUACUUGAGAGGCUUUCACUUUCUAGUGGAUAUGAAUGUCAUGUAAUUUUUUGGCAGGGUUGUUCAUUUAAUUUGAUUAUAGUUUUGUUUUUAAUAAGAUUGUUUCGUAUGCUUUUAUUCAAGAAAUCUUCUGUUUGUGUGCACUGUGCCCACA